AUGCCUCCUCAAACCAUAAAGGGAAACUAUCAGGCUUUUCUGCGAGUCAUUAACUCGAUACAAUUCGCAAAUGGAACUGGUAAGUUAUUUGUAGAUGAAGAUACGAUUCUUCAUCCAAUGUACAUCGAAGCUCCAUGCUCUGUUAUGCAGAUUUCAUAUGGCCCCGAUGCUCAGCCGUUCUUCUGCCUGUUGUCUUGCUUCUGGCCUGGAUUCCUCAUUAACCCGUUGUUGGCAUCUACAAACGUCUCUGCUGUUGUUACUGUUACUGCUUUAGUAAUUCUCCCUUACACUAAUAUUACUACCGAUGUGAGCUCACUGUCCAUCAUCGUAGGCACAUCUCGACGCCCCGCCACUCAGGAUCUUCCAUCCCCUCUUCAGUACUCUCUCCCUCACCCCACAUCCCCCCACCUCUCCAGUAGGCAACGCCCGGCCGGUCGUUUCGUUGGCCCAUUCGAAGCCAGGCGCCGGGCCUAA